AUGGAAGAGAAUGAUCCCAGUAACAGAGAGGCGGCGGCGGGGGAGUCCAACAGAGCCAUCCUCCCCCUCCUCCAGGCGCCCGGGAACCCGCAGGUCCCGCACAGAGUCACCAAUUUCUUCAUCGACAACAUCCUAAGACCGGAUUUCGGACGGAAGAAAGAAGGGACCCCAAUCCGCGAGGAGGGCAGACUGAGAUCCAGGGAAAGCCCAAGCCCCGGUGCGCCUCCUCGGACCGAGCAGGAUGAGCAGGGGAGUACAGUAGCGCGAGGGAACCAGGGACCCGCCAGCCCGCACACGCUCCCCACCGCCAAGAAGCCCGCCAUAGCCCGCGAAGAGUCCCCCAAGAGCCGCGUGGAGAACGCAGACCAGUGCCUAAGCUCAGACUCGGACAGUUCCCAGGCCAGCUCCAACCCGUCGGCCAAGCCGCCCAUGCUGUGGCCCGCCUGGGUCUACUGCACCCGCUACUCCGACAGGCCCUCAUCAGGGCCCAGAUCUCGAAAACCAAAGAAGAAAGCAGCCAGCAGCAGCAGCAGCAGCAGCAAGGAAGACAAGCGACCACGGACGGCCUUCACAGCGGAGCAGCUGCAGAGACUCAAGACCGAGUUCCAGACCAACCGCUACCUGACCGAGCAGCGGCGGCAGAGCCUGGCCACAGAGCUUGGCCUCAACGAGUCCCAGAUCAAGAUCUGGUUCCAGAACAAGAGGGCCAAGAUCAAGAAGGCCAGCGGCACCAAGAACACGCUAGCCCUCCACCUGAUGGCGCAGGGAUUGUACAACCACGCCACCACCACAACUAAGGACGACAAGUCCGACAGCGACUGAUUGGACGAGAUCUUAUGAAGCCUACAAUGCAAUAAUUAAUCAAAGGGCCAGUGUAGAGUAGGCCUACAUAUACCAGCAUCAAUUGAUUGAAAAAUAUAUAAAUAGAUAUUUCUGCAAUAUCAUGUCU